AUGAAGAAUCGCAUCGUUGCCUUUUUCAUCUUAGCGAUACAUGCUUCCAUAUGUGUUGCAGAAGCUCCUCGUCUGAGUAUUGUCGAGGCCUCGAUAGACGACUUGCAGAAUUCUCUGAGGGAUGGGCGGAUAAACUCUGUCCAGUUACUUGCAAAGCAUCUUCAUCGAGUAGCAUACUACGACCGCCGUAACCAUCGGCUUAACGCGAUUCCAGUCCUAAACACCAACGCUUUCGAGGAUGCUGAGGCUUCUGAUGACUACCGAAGUGGCAACAACGGCAGCAUUCGCUCUCUGCUAGAAGGAAUUCCCUUCACUGCAAAGGACAGCUUCACGAUGAAGGGACUGCCAGUCGCAGCUGGGUCUCCGGCGUUUAGAAAUCUUACAGCCGGCGUUGACGCCUUCACGGUCGGAGCAAUUCGUUCCGCGGGAGGAAUCCCUUUGGGAAAGACGAACAUGCCUCCGAUGGCUAACGGUGGUAUGCAACGAGGUCUUUAUGGAAGAGCUGAAAGUCCGUACAACUCCUCUUACCUGGCAGCAGCGAUGGGCUCUGGAUCGUCAAAUGGCUGUGGGGUUUCCACAGCUUCGAGUAUGGCCGCAUUUGGCUUGGCAGAAGAGACCGUAUCAUCUGGAAGAUCGCCAGCUUCCAAUAACGGCGUUGUUGCAUACACUCCGUCGCGAGGUAUGCUUUCUAUCAGGGGCAACUGGCCCCUGACCUGUUCGGCAGAUGUCGUCGUUCCACAUACAAGGAGUGUUAAGGAUCUCAUGGCUAUGUUGGACGUAAUAGCUGUUACCGACCAUCAUACCGAAGGUGACUUUUGGAGAGGGCAGCCCUUUGUGGACCUCCCAAAAGUUGAGAAUAUUAGACCUGCUUCGUAUACCACUUUGGCGAACGCAAGUGCGUUGCAUGGCAAAAGGAUCGGUGUCCCUAGGAUGUUCAUCGGAGGAAAUGACCCGGCAGCGCAACCUGUCUUUCUUCGAGAUUCUAUCCGGGCACUGUGGGCGGACGCUCGCGUCACUCUUGAGUCAUUGGGUGCUGAAGUGCAAGAGGUGGAGUUCCCUCUUGUUACGAAUCAUGAGGUUGUCCCGGCAGUCAAUGAAGUCAAUAGCGAAUAUCCCUUGCCAUCGUAUUUCAAUGGCAGCGCGAGCCCGGGGGAUAUGGAUGCGUAUGCUUGGGAUGACUUUCUACAUAUGGUCAAUGACACCAGCAGUGUUACAACGCUUGCUGACGUUGACCCGGCGCUCAUCUUUCCACAACUUCCUGGAACCAUUCCCGACCGAUACGGCAACCGCUUCGGAAACAGAACUCAGUCUAAUGCACGCUAUGUUGAAGCAGUCAAAAGUCGCACAGGCAAAAUUGUCGACAUCCCUGGUCUCGGAGCAUGGCUUCAAAGUCUAGAAGACCGACGUGAGCGGGACUUGGAGGACUGGUUGGACGAGAAAGGGCUAGAUGCUGUUGUAUGGCCAGCGAAUGGCGAUGUCGGGCGUGAGAGAGUCGAGGUCGACAACGAAGCAGCUGUUCCCACGUGGAGAAAUGGCGUCGCAAGAUCAUCUGGUAACUUCGCGAUUCGGCAGCUUGGCGUUCCUAUUGUAACCGUCACCAUGGGAGCCAUGAACGACACCGGUAUGCCUGUCGGCCUCACAUUUGCGACCAAAUCCUACGACGAUACUUCGAUCAUAAGCUAUGCUUACGCCUUCGAGCAAGCUCACGACAAAGUCAGAUUUGUCCCACCUCGAACUCCAGGGCUUGAGACAGACCUAAUUCCCUUACGGCGUGGGAGGAAGAUUCAUGGCCUUUAUGCUGCCCCUGAACUGAACGCCAGUGCUUUGAGAAUUGGUGAACAGAGGGUUUUGAUUAGGGGUACUGCCAUGUUAGAAAGCUGCUGGGAUCCAGAUGUCAAGGUGGAAGUCCAUGUCGACGGCAUACCUGUGCUGCCUGUGUCAUUCGAGGGUAGUGAGUGGAGCGUCACUGCAAACAUCACCUUACCGUUUCAAGGGAUCUCUCCUUUCGGCGAGGUCAAUGUUCCGGAUGCAAGUCUCGCUAUGGUUGUCGUAGUUGCCACUGCGCCCAGCGGUCGGUCUGCGGGCAGAAUGCUCUUCGUGUAG